AUGGUUGGAAAUAGGUCAUUAGCACUCAUUGAUAGUCGUCUACAACUUCUUACAGGCAUCAAGAAACCAUUUGGUGGCAUUAGCAUCAUAGCUGUUGGUGAUUUCUUUCAACUAAAACCUGUGAUGGACCGUUGGAUCUUUCAGGAUUUAAAUCAUGAUGCUCAAGCUCUUGCAAACAAUCUUUGGAAGGAACAUUUUUGUAUUUUUGAGUUGGAUGAAAUAAUGCGCCAAAAAGAUGAUCUUGAGUUUGCUCAACUUCUCAAUCGUCUUCGAUACAAUGCAAUGACAGCAGAAGAUAUGAACGUAAUACACAGCUGCAUGAUAACAGAAACGAGUGACAAUUAUCCACAUCAUGCUCCUCAUCUCUUUACACAGAAUUCCAAAGUAGAUGCAUACAACAAUCAGUUGAUUGAAAAACUUGAAGGAGAAAAGGUGACAGUGAAUUCAGUGGAUACUGUUCUUAAGGAUUAUUCAAAGGAACUGAAGGAAAAGCUGUUGAGGUCUCUAUUGAAAGCAGAUGAUGUUAGCAAAACUGCCAAUCUGAUGCAAAAAUUGACUCUUGCUGUUGGGAUGAUAUAUGAUAUCUCAGUCAAUGUUGAUGUAUCUGAUGGUUUAACAAAUGGGUCAUCAUGUAAGGUACAAUUAAUUGAAAGGAGAAUGGAAGGCAUAUCAAGACCAAGCAUCGUUUGGGUAAAUUUUUUUGACUCUGCUAUUGGAAAAAUAACUCGCAAGAAAUACAAACAUUUGUUUCAUGAUGGAAUUACUGAGGACUGGAUACCAAUUUUUGAAGUUCAGCGGUCUUUUGUAUUGAAUUACAAUACUUUUCAGAGAAUUCAAUUUCCAUUACGACCAGCUGCAGGGAAAACAGUUCAUAAAGCCCAAGGCUGCACUGUUGAUGAAAUUGUGAUUGAUUUGUCUCCGACUAAAGUAAGGAAAAAUCCUCAUAUUCAUUAUGUAGCACUAAGUCGGGUACGUUCAGUAGAUCAUCUUCACAUCCUAAAUUUCAAUGAGCAGGCAUUGGCUAUGGAUGAACAAGUGGUAGAGGAAAUGGAAAGAAUGAAAAAAGAUGUACCACUACAACUUUGUUAUGUCCCAUUAUACCAAGUUGAUUUGCUUUCAACAUUUGUAGAUCACUUCAUAAACACUUUGUGCAAAUUCAAAAUGAACCAAAUAUUGUUGCUUCAGAUGUAG